AUGCCGCUGGUCAAGCGGGCAGUCUCGCCAGUCGACCUCAGUCGGAUUAAAAUACCACCGGAAGUGACAAAUGGGGAACUUCAAUACGUUGCGAAUAGCUCCCUAGCAAAUCUUAUCAGGCAGCUAAGUUCCAUCAGUAAACAUGCUGAGCACAUCUUUGGUGAAAUCUACUUGGAAGCGAUGAAGCUGGAUCAUAAAUCAAACACUCUCGAAAAGCGGAUAGCGAAUCUUACGGAAAAAGUGUCAAAAUUGGACUCAACUACAGAACAAGCCAGCUUGGGUGAACUACAAAUGAGAAAACCAUUCAAAAGUUCCAUGUUGGUUGAUCAGCACACUUUGGAUCGAAGUACCUUACCAGUUGCGUUGGCUGAAGUUUAUUCACGGUGCGAUCCUCCUCCGAACUUGGAUGCGCUCAAUCCUUUCAGAGAUCCUGGAGCUCCCGGUGCUCUCAGCCUAUACACCAAUCCUUCAUUUUUCUUCGAUCUAUGGAGACAGGAAAUGCUCAAAGAUUGCGCUGAUAAUAAUACGAGAAGACGAAUUAAAUCUCCAACACCUGAUGGGUUGGCUGCUGUGAAGAGUCCGAAGAAGCGAAGGCAGCGAGUACCCCCGCAGCAUCAAGAAGUACCGAGGCAACAAGCAGCCAGGUAUAUGUCUUCCUUGCGGAAUCCUCGUGCUGCAGCGUUAUCGUUCCCUGAUGAGUACCAAGCGCCUCAAGCUUUGGGAUUGCAGUUGCACAAAACAAGUCAAAUUCAGCACAUACAGCCUCCGCAGACCCAGAAUACAUCCAUGCAAUCGUCCAUGAAUGCUACUCGACCAGCACCAUCGGUAGAAAGUCGCCAAAGAGCUGUUGUCAGUCCAGUUAAGGAAAUGAAGCGCGAACUUCCGCCUCCGGAUUUGGCUCUGCUCUCCAUAGACGACGAGGAUGAGGAAUUGCCGCCUCCACCGCCUACUCUGAUGCACACAAGUGUGGUGCACCACCUUCCAUCACCACCACCGAGUGCUAUUCAGCUUGUACCCAGCGAUGCACAAGCAGUGCCUCCUCCACCAGCCCCUCCGCCGCCUCCACCUACUCUUAUGGCUGCUCCAGCUCCUGCUGCAGCGACCUUCGGAGGAGCCACUAAGGCAUCAACUGAGACUGAAGGUGAAGAAAAGAAACCUGAUACACGAAGUAAUCUGCUGGCAGAAAUCCAGAGUGGCAUCAAGCUGAAAAAGGUACGCCUUGCUGAGGAAGCUGCUGCGGACAAAGCCGCAGCCGAAGCCAACGAUGUCGCAGCGAUUUUGAAACGACGCAUGGAACAUGUGAUGGGCAACGACGACGAAGAAUCACAGAGCAGCGGCGAUGACGGAGAAUGGGAGGAUUGAUUCGAGACGCAUCAUGUAACUUUGUUUUGACCAGCGUUAAGCGAGUUUGAGCUGUAGUCU